CCAAAUGCUCAUUUGAAUUUAGAAUGGGUGUACGGCUACAGAGGACACCAGUGCAGAAAUAAUUUAUAUUACAAUAAAAAUGGCGAGCUAGUUUAUUUUGUGGCUGGUGUAGCAAUCGUUUUCAACACAUCUGAGAAACGUCAGAAGUUUUAUUUUGGUCACAAUGAUGACAUAAUUAGG